UUUCAGGAAGCUGUUCUCACAAAACGAAACUUCCCUAACUUUGACAGGAACACCUUCCAGCUCGUCUUUUUGUAUCGCUUGAAGGAUACUUUUUGUUGGAAAAAAAAAAUGCAGAGCAGCGCUUACGGGGCGUCGUUGGCUGGCGGUGCUUUUGAUGCAGUACAUUUUGUAAAACAGCCUCAAACCAUAUUGCGAUGCCUGAGCUGGUUAUUCUCCAUCGUGGUCUUUGCAACCAUCACAGCAGAAGGCUACAUCAACCAAACAAAGGAGCAAGAUGCCAAAUGCAUAUUCAAUGCGAACGACGGCGCCUGCAGCUACGGCGUGGGCAUCGGAGUCCUGGCCUUCAUGGCUUGUGUUGUCUUCCUCAUAGUGGACGCCUACUUCCCACAAAUAAGCAACGCCAAAGAGAGAAAAGUCAUUGUUUUAGGAGAUCUGGUCUUCUCAGGGAUUUGGGCGUUCCUAUGGUUCAUCUGCUUCUGUGUCCUGGCCAACCAGUGGUCUAAAACCCCCGACUCCACUGAGGCUGUUGCUGGGGAUGCCGCCCGGGCCAUCGUGGCCUUCUCCUUCUUCUCCAUCAUCACCUGGGGUCUCUUGUGCUUCUUUGCGCUUGAAAGGUAUCGCCAAGGCGUCAAUGAGUUUGAGCAGGAGUACAGAGACCCAGCCAAUGACCAGAGUACUCCAUACCCGCCGUCUCCGUACGCCAGCAGCGGCCCCACGGGCUACCAGCAGUCGCCUUUCUCCAACAACCAGGAGCAGCCGGGGGAGUACCAACCUCCAGCCUACUGAAGGACUGAGAUUCAAACGCAUGAAUCAGAACAGGAGAGUUUGCUUUUUAAAUAAACAUGUGUGCCACCGGUUUCAUUUACAACUCAGACUGUUCUCUGCACUCCCACUUACUUCCUGCAGAACUUGUUUGCACAUUUUUGGGUGCACUGAAGUGUUUUUUUAGUUAAUCUCAUUGUUGUAACAUGUGUGGUGGGGUUUGUGCUACACAGAGCAGGUGGAAUUAUAGUACUUUUUUUUGAUAGGAGAAUGUUUUGGCAAGAGAGAGUGAUAGUGCGGUUGUUGUCUUCGUACCAAACCAACCACAGUUUUGACAGUGCCCCCUUUUGUUUAGCUUAUGAGUGCAAAGUGUCAAAGCAAUAAUUAGCCAACAGGUUAGGAUUUAGGCGCCGUUUACACGAGGAGAAAACUGCUUGUAUCUGCAUAGUUUCGCGUGCGUAUAGCCCUAUUAUUUACACGAGGCCGAUAGAAACUGACCCCACAAACGAUAACGGGUCCCAAGGUGGAUAGAUUUGCAAACGAAACGCUCUGGGGGGUCAACCGAGUCCGUGUAAUCACCUCUAUACGAAUAUUUCCUGAAAAAAAAUAG